AUGUCUGACGGAGACUUCAACGCGACUCUGUCUCUCCUCAACUUCAAAAACUCCUUGAAGUGGUCCAGAACCAUCAUCACCGGUGAGCUGGUCGCGAUGGAUGAACAGAUCCAGUCGAAUGAGAAUCCCGGCGAGAAUCCCUCAGCUGAGUUCGCACAUUAUCGUAGGGUCAUCAACGCAUUUGAUGAAUAUCGAAGAUAUUCACUGGCGAUCAACAACCGAAGGAGGAAAGAUUUCUACAGAUUGCCAUUACGGGACCAAAGUUUAUUAGAAGAAUAUCCAUCCAAGUUGAAUGAAGUGGAUGAUCGGAUUCGAAGGAACGCUGACACGUUGGAUCAAAUCGUCUUCAAAGGUGAACUCAGUGGACUUGGCCCAAAACUUCCUUCAGAUCAUGAUGUCUUGGUUGAUCUCUCAGCUCCGACCUCAGUCGAACUUGCAGAACGAGAAACAGUAUAUCCUCUUGAACCAGAGCACCAGCCUCGAGUUAGUGCCCUAGAUGCCGAAAAAGUACGAAGCACACUUCGACAACUGGUCAGGGAUUGGAGCACUCUGGGUUCAGCUGAGCGGGAAGCGUGUUACUCGCCGAUCUUAGACAGGCUGGAGCUGUUCGCGACGGAUUGUUUGUCUGCCGACGUCUCCCAGAAGAGUGACAUUCGAGUCUUGGUUCCUGGUAGUGGCCUAGCUCGAUUGGUUUGGGAAAUCGCUAAUCGUGGAUUCACAGCCCAAGGAAAUGAAGUUUCAUACCAAAUGCUACUAGCCUCCAACCUGGUCCUCAAUCAUUCUGAAUCCGUUGAUCAAUGGAGCAUCUUCCCGUUCAUUCAUUCCUUCUCAAAUCUUUCUUCCCUGGACCAUUUGUUGAAGGAAGUCCGAUUCCCCGAUGUUGUUGUUCCUGAGGUUUUAAAUCGACAAGAUUUCGGGAUCUCAGUCGGCGAAUUCACUGAAAUCUUCUCUAGCCCAGAUGAACAUGGGAAAUGGGACGCAGUAGUCACUUGUUUUUUCCUUGAUACCGCCCAGAAUAUCGUCGAAUACCUGAGAAUAAUCUAUGGAAUCUUGAAGUCAAAUGGGAUUUGGAUCAACCUUGGGCCGACUCUUUGGCACUACGAGUCAUCUUCGAAUCCCAGGGAUAUAUCGAUUGAAUUGGACGUCUAUGAAAUCAAAGAACUCUCCAAGAAGAUCGGAUUUCAAUUUGAAGUCGAUAGUGUACGUCCUUCAGAUUGA